CGGCAGAGGGAGCGCCGGGCGUCGGCGCGGGCCCUCCUGCGCGUCUUGAAGGCUGCCGACACGCUCAGCAACCACCACUCGGCGCAGAAGCACCAGCGCAACCAGCAGUACGAGCUGCAGGACUUCGAGACCAGCAAGAUGGCGACCAACACGAAGUCUCACGGCCAUCCAGUGGGGGCCAAACCGUGGCCAUGGAGGUCAAGUACACCAGCGUCUGGAUCCGCUCAUCGCCGACACAAUGGAGGGCAAAGACAGCAGCAGCCACGGUACCAGCACCAGCACAACCAGCACCACCACAACUCCCACCACGACGAGGAUCGACAGCAGCACAACGACGUCCACUAUCAACAGAAGUAUCAGUACGACUCCACGACAUCGAGAACGAAGCGGACUCCAUCAAGGAGACGCCACCAGGCCCCCGAAGACUCCACCAACGACCACCGACAUCUGCCAAAGCUUACGAAACGACAAUUGGAGGUCACUGACAAGAUAAUGCCCGCCCUUCUUUCGGAGGCCAAGGGACACGAGAGCUUUUCUCUUCCUCCCGACGAGCCAGACAUACGUCGGGUAUGGCACGCCACCAAGGUGGCGAGGAUGGCACGUCUCGCCGACCAAGUACAUGGAGCCAUGCAAGCACAAGUCGACCCAACCCGCCUCAUCGAGGAGCUAGCCAUAGUCAAGACCAUGAUCCACCUGCUGGACACACCGACGGCUCGCAUCGCACAAUACAGAUCCCAAGUGGAGUCACGGAUCCAGAGACAGCAGACCGUCGAGAGCCAGCUCAAUGACCUCAAUAAGGAGCACGACGAAAUCAAGGGCGAGAUCGCAUCCCUCAAGGCACUCAUCUCCGAGGCCAAGAAGUAUCGAGAACACGCUGAACUUUACGAAGACAGCUGUGACGGGGACGGUGAAGACGACGGGCGCCAUCGAGUCAGAGGCAAGACACCACACCCCGAGAGACGACAACGACCACCAUCUCGGCAACCCGCGUCUGAGCCAGCGCCUGCUCCGACCACCAACGACGGCAGCGACCUGCGGAACCUCAUCGACGUGCUGACGAGGAGAGUGGAUGAGCAGCAGCGCAACCACGGGAUACACCAACACCAUCUGGCGUUUCUCCAUCAUGAACGAGCCGAAUCCGAACAACAAGAAGCACAGCGUCAACGGCAGACCGAGCAGAUUCAGGAGCUUUCGCAACACUUACAGCACUGCCGAGUACAACUCCAGCAGGCACAAAUCCAGCAGAGACAGUCGUACUACGAAGAGAUCCAAGUCUUCCGACAACGCGAGGAGCGGCUCCGACACGAGGCUCACGAAUCCAUCACGGAGAACAUGGCUCACUACCAGCAGAAGGAGGCCUACCUGCGCGACCAGCUCAGGGAGGAAGAGUCAGCUCACCUCGCCACGUUCAUCAACCAGAGGAAGCAAGAGGAAGAGACUUUCCGACACCAGCUACAGGAGAAUGCGGAGAUCAUGGUCAAACAAUAUCAACAACGAUGCCACGAACAACAGCAGCGUCUUCUCUCAGAGAAAGCUCAGGCCCAGCAGGACAUCGGCAACAUCGCGAGGCUUGAACAGAACCAGCUACAGGAUGCUAAGGAGCUACUUUUGGAGGAGUUCGGACAGGUCCAGGCUCAGAAGUACCGUACCUUGAUGGCCCAGAGCGAGUACAACAGCGAGAUCGACAAGCUUCGAGGAUCUUCCAGUGACAUGCAACGCUUCGAGAAUGAACUCCAGGAGCAGCACCAACUCCAACUACAGGAGCACCUUCAGCAACACAGACAGGAGCGCGAGCGACUGCAUUGCGAACUACGGCAAGCCCACGAGUUCGGCACAAGCAUCGACGUGGACAUCCUCAGGGAGCUCGACACACAACUCCAAGAACGAGACGAGGGAGACGCACGACUGCAAGCCCAAGCAGACGCUGAACAAGCACAAGUCGACAAACAGAUACAAGCGGCACUCGACCUGCUGACACCACCCCCUACCUCCGACGACUCGGGCUAUCAACUCUACUUCAGAAACCGAGGCAGCAGUAGUGGUGGACAGCCCAGCGGCAGCGGACAGCGCAACAGCACACCACCACCACGACCAGCACCUGUGACGCCAAACGCCACUCCUGUUGCGCGACGCCCAUGCCACGACGCCGACGACGCCAGCGUGCACACUCCAAUUCCAGCUGACGACGACGACCUUUGCAGCCCAACCCCCGUUGCGAGCGAUGCAUAUCCCUUCCCUGUCCCCACGCCUUUACCGACCCCCGCCUCGCACACGCCGAUCCCCACCGAGCAGCCUACGCCCAUCGACUUCCACCCACCCGACCCGCAGAAUGACCGACCCAGCUCGGCGCCACCACCACGCACCAGAAGGACAGACUCAACUCAACACAACCACCCAUCCACUACUCUUCUCAUCGACAUCACCUCCGACGACGACGCACCACCACCUUCCACCCCAGUGCGCAUUCCACUAGCCGACAUAUCCCCUACCGCACCGAUGCAGCCAAUCCAACCACCACCCCGCUUCCACCUCGCCACGCCAGACCGCGCCACCUCCGCUCCACCGCCCCGCACCGCCCUCCGAAAAAACGGAUCAUCUAGACGAGCGACCAAGCCAAAGAAAGUCCGUAUCUGCGACAUCGGAGACGGCUUCGCAGACCCAGGAGACCGAGUGCCAACCUUCCUCAACGACGAGGAAGUCCCUGCAGUCAACUCGCCAAAAAACUAACGAGGCCCUCACCCCCUGGGGGGCAACUGGCCCAGGGGGAGCGGCCCAGCAUUACACCAGAAGACUGCCAGCGCAACGACGGCACUUCCGACUCCUGCAGUGGUUAUGCCGACGACGUCAAGCGCCGAUUAUUUGAGCCCCUGGUGAGCUACGAUUCACCACGCGACACUUCACAAGUUUCACCUACCCUCUCAACAGCCAACAGAGGCAUGCGCGAUGGGGAGAGCGCACCUCCAGACCUGUACGAGCACGGCGACAUGUGGGAAAUCCACACACCGCCCAACAUACCACAGCCUAGUAGUGGACCGUGGACCAUCCCCUCGGCCUCUACCUCUCGCUUGGGGAGCGCGAGAAGGCUGUCUCACACAGACCCCAUACUAGAACCACAUACACUAGCGGACCGACCAACUACUGCCACCCGACCCCGACGGCAGCAUGUCGACUCACAUCCUCCACCAGCGGAAGCCCAGUCACGGUCGAUCCCGACGAUGACGACGCCACCGCCUACGCCUCGAGAGGAAGAAUCGCUUUGUGAGUACGACACAGGGGGGGGGCAAGAACGACCAGAGCCACCAACAAGGCAUCGACGCACUAGCCAUUUUGGCCAAGAUGGCGAUCGAGACCGACAAUUUUGUGACCUACUGAGCCGGCCAUGUACAUCAAUUCCCUGCCGGCCACAACCUCCCAUUUUUGACUCCCCUGAAGUUACCCAGAUGCCACACGGACAGACCAACCUGCCGAAUGCGGAGAGCCACGAGGCAGCACGGCAUGUCCGCUUCUCCCGCGAGGUCCACACCCGCGACCAGGAGACCGACAAUAUCCUCUACCACAUCGACUUCGACGAGCAGGAGCCCUUACUCCAGCACCUUCGACGACUUCAGGCUCCCAGGCUUACCUUCGAAUUUACCGAACGAUGCCACAACGAAGUUUCAGAUUACAUGAUGCGAACAUUCCCAUACCGACAGCUCCUACGAGAUUCUCGCCUGCACUUAUACACCGACGGCUCCAAACACCCACGCCAACAUGGUCAAGACGGAUGGUCAGUGGUACUCGUCGGUGAAGACGAAGAAGGUUUCUCUUUUCAAGGCGCAAUAGUCGGCAAGCACCGCGACUCCACCCUCGUGGAGAUCCAAAACCUCACGGACAACGAGACCACCUCGACAUCCAGCGAGAUCACAGCGCUCAUCUGGGCGCUCGCCUACAUCAUCCACAAGGACAUCAACCACAGGAUAUCGGUCCACUCCGACUCGCUGGGAGCGAUCCAACUGGCCAGGAUGGAGGCUUUUACUAACCGAGACGCCCACCUCGUGCAGCUACUGGUGAUCAUGUACUCGCACGUCAAGGAAUAUGUCGACCUGCGUCACGUUCACGCCCACGAGAUGAACCCCUGGAACGAAGUUGCCGACGCCGCAGCCAACUACGCCCGCAUCGAGGACUACCCGCACCCACAACCUGAAUGGGCUAACAUACUCAACGCGUCCCCUCAGCGCUGCUGGGAAUUCCUACUUGACGCCGACAACCACACCAAGGACGCUUACCCAUCCUUUUCACCUGGGAUGCUCAAGGCCCAACGCGUCGAUACUACGGCAACGACAGCCCACCUCUCGACACCAACCAAGUCCACGAAGACCUCGACAGAGAUAGAUGUCAACAUCGCCACCUACAACAUCCAGUCAGGGCGCGAACCUGGCCACGGCGCUCGACGACGCAAAGAAAAGAUACACAAGCUCAGAAAGACAAUGCUCAACCUGUACAUGGAGGACCUCCACCUGAUUGGCAUCCAGGAAGCCCGCGCGCCCUGGGGAGUUCGCAGCGGCAACGACAUCACCAGCACGAGUGCGUACGCCUACCACGUCAUCUCAGGGGGGCACGAUCAGUACAACCUCGGCUGCGAGCUCCACAUACUCACCAGCAAGCCGUACGGAAAGGCAGGAGCCAAGGACCUCUACUUCCGCCCCGAUCAGUUCACCGUCAUCGAGCACAGCCCUCGGCAUCUCGUAGUAAGGAUCGAAGCCCCAGGAUUUCGACAUACAGUCUGCGUCGCCCAUGCACCACAUUCUCGAGCUAAACCACACGAGAAGGAUACCUUCUGGGAGAUGAUCGAGUGCGCAACGUCUAACCACAAUAUCAACAUCUUCCUCAUCGAUGCCAACGCUCGAACAGGCAGCUUAUGCAGCCAGGCAAUCGGCGAUCAAGGCUUCAAGCAAAAGGAGGACGACAACGGCGAACGCUUCCACAAGGUCCUGCAAGGCAACUCUCUCAUAGCCGCGAACACCUUCAAAAGCGGAGGCCAGGACCACUACACAUGGGACUCAGGCAAGGACGUACAUAGACUGGACUACAUAGUGGUUGGCCACGAGCUUUUCGACUCCAUAUCCCACACGUCCGUAAUGUACGGUAUCGACACAGAACACGACCACUCACAAAAGAACGACCACUUCCCCGUCAAGGCUAACCUCGCCUACACCGUCGAGACCGCCUACCAGCACGGCACGCCCAAGCUCGACACCGCUAAGCUCGACUCCGAGACAGCCAAGAACGACUUUCAACGACGCCUGCAGCAGAUCCAACACCCCCCCUGGGAGACCAACCUCAACGACCAUACCAAGAGCAUCGUCGAUCAGAUAAAGGACGCAGCAUACGCCAGCUUCAAGAAGCAGCACCAUGCCCCCCGCAAGCCCUACAUUACCGAGGCCUCCUACGCUCUUCUUAGAUUCCGACGCACCCUCAUUAAGACGAUCCGCAUCGUGAAAAGGAAUGGAAUUGGCUCCAAGAAGUCACGCAGACGGAUCCGAUACACCGCGCACCUCAUUGCAAACCAGUCAGCAUCAGCGUCCCCUGACGACGUCAUCCACCUCAUGGACAUCCCUGGAUACACUCAGCUGAUGAUCAAGACCAUCCUCUUCAUCAACCAUACGGACCCCGACCAUACCACGGCUCCUUACCACGACGGUACCUACGGCACGACCACUUUCACUACGAACCUUUUCGACUCAUACUUGAGCUUCAUCCAAGACGCCGACCGCGUUCUCAGAAUCCGCCUCGACCAUGACCGCGACGCCCACCUUGAGAGCUUCUCCGACAAUAUGAUAUUAUCAGCCGCAGGGAAUGCCCCGCGGAAGGAAUGGGCAAACGUGAGGGCCUUACUCACAUGCGGCGGCCGAACGCCUAAGAGAACUCCGACUCCCAAAAUACGCCAAGACGAUAACGGAGCUCCACUCACGACGCCACAAGCCAUUGCGGAGCACGCCCUUCGAUACUACGGCAACAUCGAGAAUGGCAUCAACACCGACAUCGAAGGCGUCGUCAAGCACUACAACAACAAGACUGCACACACCAAGCCGAUACCCCACAUCAACAACGUCCAGACCAUCCACAACCUGACAGCCGCCCUGGCAGCCUCCAAGAAAGGCAAACGCGGCGGGCCUGACGGGAACACCGACGACAUGGCACGAGCGGCGCCGCGCCAGAUUGCCCGACUUCUGCACCCCAUCAUGAUGAAGAUGCAGCUGAUGACGACGGAGCCCAUUUCGGCGAAGGGCGGAUUCUCCACCCAUUUCUCCAAAGGACAAGGACAGCUUCAUCUGCAGAAAGCCUACAGGGGCAUCCUACUGAACAACACUAUUGGCAAGAUCAACAGCAAGUUCCUGAGAGGCCUCUUCCGCGACAUCUUACCCGACCUGCUCAUGGACACACAAUGCGGCGCCGUCCCUCACAAGGCGACUGACUUCAUCACCCACACCGCCUAUACCUUCUUGGACGACUGCCGUGCACAGGCUCGCACGGGCAGCAUACUCUUCCUGGACUUGAGAGAAGCAUUUCAUUCGGUAAUAAGGGAGUUCAUUUUCCAGCUGCCGACUCAGGAGGACGAGCUCGAAGAUGUCAUCGACAACAUCGAGAUUCCCAUAUGCCUCCUCCCCUCCCUACGACAACGGCUUCGCUGUCCAGCACAUCUCAACGCCCACGUCGACGACUCCCACCUCUGCGCCCUCGUGGCCGACCACCACACGGCCAACUGGAUGACCGCCAAGGGCACCGACGCAUACGUGAUCCCACGCACCAGUACCAGGCCAGGGGUGCCAUACUCCGACGCGGCCUUCAACAUGCAUUUCUCCCUAGUGCUUCAGGCCAUCGCCGACGACGCUGAAGGGGCAGAAGAUGGUGAGAGUGGCCACCACAUCCGCCCCUGCGACAACCCGCUCUUCUCUACGGCCCCGCAUCAAGGCGGCAAGCUGACUAACAUGUCCUUCGUCGACGACCUCACCGACUUCAACUCGACCACCAGCCACUCCGACAUCAUUGACAUUACGAAAACUUCAGCCGAACGUCUAUGCCGUACCGCCUUCACCUAUGGGCUCAAGCCGCACCCAGACAAGACCAAGGUUAUCAUCUCCUUUAACGGGACGGGCUCCAACGUCGCACGCAGCAGGCUUGCACAGCAAAACAUUACGUCAAUCCAGCUGAGCAUCAUGUCGAUCUCGGUCCAGAUCGCAGACCAGCACCGACUCUUAGGCACUAUCCUAACCAACGGCAGCAUGGGACCCGAGGUACAGAAUCGCAUGCGACGAACCGAAGCUUCGGCACGAGCUCUUGAGAGGCAAAUCCUAAGACGACGACGCCUACCCCGCAAAACGAAGAUCAAGUACGUGCACGCCCUCUCGACCGCCUCAUUGACCUUCAACCAUCACGUCUGGCCAACACUGACCCAGACCGACCACCAGCGCAUCUCCAACGCCUACUCGAAGCCCUACCGCACGGCAGCUGGACUACCCAAGACGAACUCGCAGCUUCAUCAUUUCACGGCCACCGAAGUAGUUGCUUACACAGGCAUCCCCGACUUCGACCACCACCAGUCUGCUGGAAGGUUGCGAUAUUUACCACGGCUUCUACGACACGCUCCUCAGCAGCUCCUCCAACUGCUUGACAACCAGCGACGGAGGAAGGGCUCAUGGACAUACAUGCUUUUCCAGGACUUCGAUUUCCUGCGCACAUACCUGGACGACCAGCGCUGGCCCACGACAAGCAAGCUCGACCCCGACGUUUUUGCAUGGGCUCGCACCACGCCGAAGCACUUCACCAACUCCGUCAACCUGGCCGUCACAAACUACAUCCGCGCCUUUAAAGACCACGCCCACGCCGACAAGCUCACCAAGGUGCUCAGACCCGACGGCCCCACGGGUGCGGACACUACGCCAUCACGCGACAACGGCGCCUACAACUUCAUCUGCUACGAGUGCGGAAUCGUAACCAAGACAAAGCAGGGCAUGGCAAUACAUAUCGGACGUGAACACCGACGACCUGAGCACCCGCGAAACUGGGCAUCGGGUACGUCGUGCAGAAUAUGCCGCCAGAACUUCCACUCCUUCGCCAAGCUAGUGAAGCAUCUAACCACGGUCGCCCGCUGCCGAAGGUCAUGGCACAUGUGGUACUUACAGGGACCUGCCCUCACGGAGGAGGACGUGGCCAACAACCAGUCGAUCUACGCGACCAGCAUAGCCGACAACAAACGCAGAGGACGCCCCGAACUAUACCACCAUAUCCCUACCCAUGCAUCCGACGUCACUCCCUUACCAUCACUCGACCUAUCACCUUCACCACCGCCAUUCUUCCCGACAGUACCUGAGCUCACACCACCACCACCAGCCCACCACCCUCGAACACCGACCAGAAACAGAUCUCUUCUUUACCUCACCAACACCGAGAGACACCCGAACGAUCUGUUGGACAUCACGGACCAACGACUAUGCUACAAGGGAAUGGUGAUGGAACGAGUUAUCAUGACCUUCGACGACCUCUACUCUGUCGACCACCCAUCACAGUACGACGCCCUCGACUCGAUCCACCAACACAUUCGACAAGGCGACUUCGCGGGAGUGAUGAUCAGCCUCUCAUCCAGGACGUGGACAGACCAAGGCGAGGGCGACCAGCAUGACAGAAAAGCAGCAUCUUCAAGAACAACCACAGAACCCUGGGGCAGAGUAAGCCUUGGAGGCGAGGCAGCCGAACGACGACUGGUCGCGAACCACCAUGCCCGCCUCGCCAUCCACACAUUCCACGUCGCCCACGUCGCCGAAGUACCAGCACUACUAGCACAAUCUGCAGCCCCAGCAGGGACAACGACGAUCUGGAACACUGAGAUGAUGUUCUACGCAGUGGAGAAUCUCGCUACGAAGAGACCGACCAUGGUAGACGUCACCAGCAGCAUCUAUGCAGUAUAUUACGGCUCCUCCGACGAGCACGACAAUCCAAUCGACAAUUUUGUCGCAUCCAUCGCGGGCAGCCCGAGCUGAUCAGAGUUGGCCGUAACAUGGCCCAUGAAGAUCAACAAGAGCGCGCACCACGGCAAGACCGCCGUAGCGCUCACGGAGACCGCCAACAACAUCAGGGACGCCCCCUCUAGGGAGAGGGGGGGGAGGACACGGUCCAGGUCUGACCUGGGCCGCCACCCGCGGGCAGGCCGUCAUGGGGGUAGCUCUCUUCCCCUCAGGCCUUCAAUGAGCCCCCUCCCCUCUCUCCACUUUGCCACCCCCAUGUGGCCUCUCCCUCCCCCUCCUUAGCGGAACUUUUGACCCCCCCUCCCCGGACAGCGUUUGCCUUCUGGGGUCUGUUGUGGGGCGUAAGCAUGCCUUGUAUUUGUGUCGUCCUUUUUUCCCCCGCCCCUUCCCUGGCGGAGCCUUGACGGCUCCUUCCCUGGGCCUUCCUGGCGGGGGUCGUGUAGGGGGGGUGCUCCCCUCCAGCGCGCCUUCGGCGCACGCGCGGGCACGCCCGCGCGGACGGCUGCGUCCCGCGAGGACAUGGAGCCGCGAGCGAAGCGAAGCGAAAG